GCAUCGCGGCCAGCGCGGGGAUUGUGGGUAACGAACCCGGCCGGCUGGGGUGGCUGGCUCCGCGCAGCAGGGUCCGCUCACGCCAAGUCCGUUGGCUGUCGCUGGUGCUGGGCCCGGGGCAGCGGGACAUGGAGCAGCCGUGGCCGCCGCCGGGGCCCUGGAGCCUCCCUCGGGUCGAGGGUGAGGCCGAGGAAGAGAGUGACUUGGACGUGUCCCCCGUCUCCCCCCGCUGCCCGCAGCUGCCGGGCGGUGGCGCCCAGAUGUAUAGCCAUGGGAUUGAACUGGCUUGCCAAAAGCAAAAGGAGUUUGUGAAGAGUUCUGUAGCGUGCAAAUGGAAUCUUGCUGAAGCUCAGCAGAAACUUGGUAGCUUAGCACUGCACAACUCUGAGUCCCUGGAUCAGGAACAUGCCAAAGCACAAACAGCAGUGUCAGAACUGAGGCAGCGGGAGGAAGAAUGGCGACAGAAAGAAGAGGCUCUUGUACAAAGAGAAAGGAUGUGUUUGUGGAACAUGGAUGCCAUUAGCAAGGAUGUUUUUAAUAAGAGUUUUAUUAAUCAAGAUAAAAGAAAAGAAACAGAAGAUGAAGAUAAAUCAGAAUCAUUUAUGCAGAAGUAUGAGCAAAAAAUCAGACAUUUUGGUAUGUUGAGUCGUUGGGAUGAUAGUCAGAGAUUUUUGUCUGACCACCCAUACCUUGUAUGUGAAGAAACUGCUAAGUAUCUUAUUUUAUGGUGUUUUCAUCUAGAAGCUGAGCAGAAAGGGGCUCUAAUGGAACAAAUAGCACAUCAAGCUGUUGUAAUGCAGUUUAUUAUGGAAAUGGCCAAAAACUGUAAUGUGGAUCCAAGAGGGUGUUUUCGUUUAUUUUUCCAGAAAGCCAAAGCAGAAGAAGAAGGAUAUUUUGAAGCAUUCAAAAAUGAACUUGAAGCUUUCAAGUCAAGAGUCAGACUUUAUUCUCAAUCACAAAAUUUUCAACCUAUGACAGUUCAGAAUCAUGUUCCUCAUUCUGGUGUUGGAUCUAUAGGUUUAUUAGAAUACUUACCACAGAAUCCAGAUUAUCUUCAGUAUUCUAUCAAUACAACUCUCUGCAGUUUAAACUCAGUGGUACAUAAAGAAGAUGAUGAGCCCAAAAUGAUGGACACUGUAUAAUUUGGUUAAGACUGCUGAGGCCAAGUGCUAUUUUGUUACAAGAAAGGAAGAACUUGGCUAUUUUCUUGACACUUUUAUGGGUGCUGCACUUUAUUUUUGUUUGGUUUUUGAUGAGAGGGAAAAUAAGAGUACUGAAACGUUUUGUAACUUUUUUUUCUAACGUGCUGCUAGGUUUUUUGUUUUGUUUUGUUUUGUGUUUGAAGAGAGGAGUGGUACCAUAUGUUGCAGGAAGUCAAACUGGACUUUUUCUUUUGGCUACUAAAUUUGUCUUUAAUCUUAAUUGUUCUCAAUUUUGGAAUCAGAGUAUGAAAAUCUGCACAAAUGCAAUGUUUACAAGAACUGGUUGAUUCUAGGAGGCAUCUGCUACAGUCUUUUUUUAUACAGAUAUGUACAUGUCCUACUCUAUAAGAUUGAUUAAAGAUAAAAAUGUACUUGUAUCCUACUGCUAAUUUAGCUGUCAAAGAUCUGGUGUUUCGUCAUAUUAAAAGCAAUAAAUCAGUAGUUGGUAAUCUGCUUUACUAAAUAAGAUGGGUGAUACAAAUUUUUAAAGUCUUUCCUUUUAAAAUAAUAUUUGUAUUUUCGGCACCAUCAGUUAAAUCCUUGACUAUGAUAUAAAUUUGAUAUAAUGACAUUACAUUUACCCCCAAAGUAUUCUCAAAACUGUAUUUUACCAUGUUGACUUUUUAAUAUUAAGAAUUACAGGGGUAUAAAAAAUGAUGAACUAAUGAGAGGGGUUUUUGUGUUUUGUCUUUUUUAAAUAACAACUUUAAGCUCACUCUUAAUUUCUUUGCUUGACAUAGUCUGGGAUCUCUCAGGGAACAAGUUUAAAAAAAUACUAAUGGCCUGUAAGAACAAAUAAGAAAAAUACCUGGUUUUUAAAAUUUUGGUUAUUGUUUCACUCUGAUGUAACAUUUUGAAAAAGGACUCUUCUAAAAGGCAAGAGAAAUCUUGUAGAGCUAACUGCUUUGAGUUGCCAGCUACUUAUUUCUAAGAAUUUGGUAAUCCUGAUUGGUAAUGAUGGCUUUUACUACAUUUGUUAUUCCUCUCCUUAGCUCAGUUACCAUAGAAUGCUUCUGAGCUUUACUACUUUCUAUAUAAUUCACUUUAAAUAUGCCAGGAUAUUUGAUGAUUUAUUUUAUUUAGAAAAUAGAUGACAGUGCUAAUCAUGCUAUCCUUAUUAUUUGAGGAUUAAUCUUCCAACUUAUAAGAACAUGAGCUUUGAUUAUAGUCUUUGGCUCAGGACCCGAUCAGAGUAGUAGUAAAUUUUUGUAGUACGGCUAACUGGGAUUGGGAAUAUAUGUCUCAAUUUGAGAAACCAAAUAUGCUAAGGGACCCAUAUGAUGAUCGAUCUGGAACCUUGGCCUCAUUUGUACCUUGUUUUAACUGAGUUGAUCAGGCAUUUAGUACCCAUACAAAUGGACUGGAAUUAUUGAAUCAUACUCUGUAACAUCACAAUCUUCCUGGUUUUCAGAAUAAAAGUCUUUUUGUGCUUUUGAUAUAAAUAUAUACUCUAUAAUAAAAUGUUUGACUAAUUUA